UCCCUCACUGCUGUUCUUCACUGUCUUGCAGGACAAGAGGUCUAGGGUGACAGGAAAUGUGACGGCUCACCUGACACUGUUUUAUUGCCUGAGUCCUUCUAUUUGCCCUUUAUUAUGUUGGCCUCCGUCUCUGAUGUUGGGAAAAGCCGCGUUCUGUUUGGUGAUGUUUUAUUUCACAGAACACACACACGGAUUGCAGUGGGGCUUGAGGAAGGAAAGGUUUGAUGUGUGUGGCUGUCUAGUAGCUCUCCUUUGCACAAGCCUUUGACUACAAAAAGAAAUCGAAGUGUGUUAAUCAUGCUGAUCAGCAAGGGCCAGGGGUUCCUUCACCUUGGUGUGUGUCUCUGGUUGUAUAUUUUCAUACCUGUCGUGAAAGGUUGCGCAUCAGAGGAGAGACUCUUUCACAAACUCUUUUCCCAUUAUAACCAGUUCAUCAGGCCUGUGGAAAAUGUUUCAGAUCCCGUCACAGUGCAUUUUGAAUUGGCCAUCACACAGCUGGCCAAUGUGGAUGAAGUAAACCAGAUCAUGGAAACUAAUCUAUGGCUACGUCACAUCUGGAAUGAUUAUAAAUUGCGCUGGGACCCAGUGGAAUAUGACGGCAUCGAGAUGCUUCGUGUUCCUGCAGACAAGAUCUGGAAGCCUGACAUUGUUCUCUAUAACAAUGCUGUUGGUGACUUCCAAGUCGAAAGCAAGACAAAAGCUCUUCUGAAAUACAAUGGCAUGAUAACCUGGACUCCACCAGCUAUAUUUAAAAGUUCCUGUCUUAUGGACGUCACCUUUUUCCCUUUUGAUCAUCAAAAUUGUUCCCUGAAAUUUGGAUCCUGGACAUAUGACAAAGCUAAAAUUGAUCUUUUGAUUAUUGGAUCUAAAGUAGAUAUGAAUGAUUUUUGGGAAAACAGUGAAUGGGAAAUUGUUGAUGCUUCUGGCUACAAGCAUGACAUAAAAUACAACUGUUGUGAAGAGAUGUACACGGAUAUAACUUAUUAUUUUUACAUCAGAAGACUGCCAAUGUUUUAUACCAUUAAUCGGAUUAUCCCGUGUCUUUUUAUUUCAUUCCUAACUGUACUGGUCUUUUAUCUUCCUUCAGAUUGUGGUGAAAAAGUGACGCUUUGCAUUUCUGUUCUGCUUUCUCUGACUGUGUUUUUGCUGGUGAUCACAGAAACCAUCCCGUCGACGUCACUAGUGAUCCCCCUGGUUGGGGAGUACUUACUGUUCACCAUGAUCUUCAUCACUCUGUCCAUCGUGGUGACUGUGUUUGUGUUGAACAUACACUACCGCACCCCCACAACACACACUAUGCCCAAGUGGGUGAAGGUGGCUUUCCUCCAAUUGUUACCCCAGAUCCUGAUGAUGAGGAGACCUCUGGACAAACUGAGGGAGACAGGUACUGAUAAAAAAGCCAAAGGUAUUUCCAGUAAACCAGCUAAAGUCAAGUUUGACCAUGGUAGAGAGCCCACAUUUCUUAAAGAAUGCUACUAUCAUAAGUCAACUGAGCUUGCCACCAGCAAGAGAAGGUUAAGUCAUCAGUCUUUACAAUGGGUGACAGAAAAUGCAGAGCACUCACCGGAAAUCGAUGAUGUCAUUAACAGUGUUCAAUUCAUAGCAGAAAACAUAAAGAAUCAAAAUGAAACCAAGAAGGUGGAAGAUGACUGGAAAUAUGUUGCUAUGGUGGUGGAUAGAGUAUUUCUUUGGAUAUUUAUAAUUGUCUGUGUGUUUGGAACAGCAGGACUAUUUCUACAGCCACUUCUGGGGAACACAAGAAAAUCUUAAGGAUGUAUUUUCCUUUUAUCUUCAGAAAUUUCUAGAUAUUCUAUUUGUUCUAUGUUCCCUUCCCUAAGGAAGGAGACAGCAAACCUCCCACCCAAAUCCCCCAUCUACUGUGGUAAUGACUAGAUGGAGAAAGAACUCUGGCAAAUCAGGAGCCAGAAUGCCCUUCUCUACAGUACUGAGUACUUCAAGAUGUUUUGAACACUGCAGCCCAGGAGUGGCAGGACCCACAGGCUUCUCUUGUCUAUACAUAUUUGGCUUCUGAGGACAUGAAUGACCUGCAAUACAGCCAACUAGUAAUGAACAUUAAGUCAGACUAGAAAGAGGGUUACGCUACUUAUCAGACAAUGGCACAUGGCAGAUGUGAAACUCUGGAACUUGGGCCUUGCUGACAUCAGCAAGUGCUUGAGAACUAAUUAUGCUUGUUUUCUAGUGUGCCCCUCUAUGAUGUAGCUUAUUCCCUUUAUCAUCAUUGAAUACAUCAAAUGGCAAAAAAGAAAUAAUAGUAGGUAGUGAAAGGCUGUCUCAGCAGGCUAUAUUGAAUAAGCACUCAUCUGGCAAGAGAGCAGAGCACAAACCCAACACUGUGCUAGGUAUUGUAAUGGUUGCAGAAAUAGAUUCUGUCCCCCAGCAUUUAACAGGUUUCAGGAAAAGUCACAAACAUAAAACUCUGCAAGACCAGGUGUGUUGGGGGGAAAUGUCAUUAAGACAAUCAAAAUAGGAAAAUGAGAAUGUGAUGUGAUGUGAAACAAACCUGACUUGAUAUUUAUUGUGUAAAAAAAAAGUGUCCAGGGCCUUCCCUGGUGGCUCAACAAGGUAAAGCACAGCACUAUGAAGCUAUCCACAGCCAGUGUAGCACAUGUUUGGUCCCUGGCAAGGAAGUGACCCACAUGGUGCAGCAGACCUCUCCUGACCCACCA